UUUCCCCGUGAGCAACAGACACGAUAAUCAAAAAUUUGAAUGACUGUUCGUGCGCAUUUGGCAUGUUUGCUUAGCAUCCCCGUCAUGGAAAGAACGUGUUGCGAGAUGGGAUGAAAAAUCAAUACGCGAAGAUGUAGGUUGUAGCUUGAACAGAUGAGCAGUUGUGUGCGAUUUUAGUAAAAUGCUUAAAAUUAGAAGUAGUGAAAGUGCUUUAGGUAAUUGCAUCAAAUGAAUAUGUUAAGUACAAAUCACAAUAUAUUAUUUAAAGCGACAAUUCUUGCAUUAUGCGUAAUAUCCUUCGUGCACAUAUUUUUGUUUCCGUUGUACGACAUGGACGCCGGUCGGAAUCCGUCGAAGACCUUCAUGGACUUCGAGCAGUCUCUUUGCACCACCAACAUCAAGCACAAGAAGUCCACGAAACGGGCCAAUUGCCCCCAAUACGGCAUCGUGACCAUCAUGCAGGGCGGCCGGCUGGGCAACCAAAUGUGGGAGUACGCUUCUGUGUGGGCUCUCGCUAGAAGGACGGGGUUGGAACCAUACGUGCCAAGAUGUAUUCGUCUCAAGCUGGACCAAGUUUUCGAGUCUUUAACGGUACCAACUUUCGAAGAGAUUUCGCACUGUCCCGUCGAGAUCAGCCGCUUCGUCAAAUCCUUAGACGCUUGGAACUAUACAAACCAAAAUAUAAUUUUGCCUCGUUACUCUAUUCAAACCGAACUUGUAAUCACAUGGGUCCAAGAUAUCGUUCAAGAAUUUUCUAUCAAAAAAAAGCUAUUAGAUAAGAGCCAACAAAUCCUACACUUAGCCUCGAAAAACAGGACCAACUGCGUGUUCGUCGGCGUCCACGUUCGACGCACCGACUACAUCGGCUACCUAAUGCGGAAGCACGCCGUGAGUCCGGCGAACGCGACCUUCUUCAGGAUGGCGAUGCGGCACUUCGAGGCGAAGCACGCGGACGUCGUCUUCGUGGUGGUCAGCGAUGAUCCUUUGUGGUGCAAGCGGAAGUUCGCGCGGAAGAAGAACGUCUUCAUCACCAGCAAGAACCAUCGGAACUCCCCUGCCUUAGACCUAGCAAUACUGGCCUCCUGCAACCACUCGAUCUUCGACUACGGCACUUUCGGCGAAUGGGGCGCCAUCCUGUCCGGGGGAGAGACCAUUUACUACAACCUCACGCACCAUUCCUCGGAACGAUUAGGCCACCUUCUGCACAACUGGCAUACAAUAUGAGAGUCCCUUCUGACGAUGUUCACUUGGCCUAAUUUUUGCCUAACUGCUUCGAUUUUGCUUUCGUUCGAACGAGGACAAUUCAUUUCGACUGACUAAAUCAAAUGUGACACAUUUAUUUUUCUAGUCUUCGUUUUUGUACAGUACAAAGGAGAGAGCCAUCUCUUUAUAUCUACACGUCAUGUUCAAUAGGCCAUAGGUAAUGACGUAGCAGUGUGACUUAGAGUUAGAUAACACAAACGACUGAUCAUUCGAAUAAUGGCAUGAACAAGCUAACGCGUUUUGGGCCAGUUAU